GUGUGGCGGCGGGCCCGGCGGCGGCGGGUGUCGGUGUGGCGGCGCCAUGGGGAGGAAGCUAGACCCCACCAAGGAGAAGCGCGGCCCCGGGCGCAAGGCCCGCAAGCAGCGGGGGGCCGAGGUGGAGCUGGCCCGCUUCCUACCGCCAGAGCCAGAGACCGGCAAGAAGAAGCUCUCUAGUCACGGGCGGAAGAGGGCUGCCAAGAGGCGACUGGGAGCGGGCAGCGCCCCGGCGGGGAGGAGGCCGCUCGGCGGAGGAGGAGGAGGGCGGGAGCCGGCAGUUAAAGAGCAGGCCCCCCCGCAGAAGGAGAAACGUGCCAUAAAGGCAGCAGGACAAACCCCUCGUGGCCGGCCUGGCUUCAGUGACAGCAAUUCGAAAUGGCUGGCUCCAGCCAAAGCCAAGAAAAUCCAGGCUAAAGGAAACAACGUGGAGUUAUCCAGCGAUGGUGAGGUGGAAGAGGGCAGCUGGGAGAUGGAAGAGGAGGAGGAUGGGAGCAGUGAUGAGAUGGUGGAUGAUUAUGGUGCUUCAUCAUCAGAGGAAGAAGAGUUGCUGCCUAUUGAAAAAGCUGCCCUGAAGCAGAAGUCUGACAGGGGAGGUCUCAGUGAAGAUGACAGUGAAGAAGAGGAAGAGGAGGAGGACGAAGAGGAGGAGGAGGAGGAAGAGGCAGUAGAGAAGGCGAGCAGGCAGAAAACGGGACAGAAGGAGGAAGACAGCACAGAUCUGCAGCUCAACCUGGAUAUAGACGAGCAAUUUAAACUGCCAACCACUGAACAGAUAGAGAGAGAGGCCGCUGAGCCUCCUGACCUGCACGUCAUUCACCAGCGCAUCAAGGGCAACAUGGAGGUGCUGCAGGACUUUGGGGUGAAGCGGGAGGAAGGCCGCACGCGGCAGGAGUACCUCGCGGUGUUGCGCCAGGACAUGGCCGCCUACUACUCCUACAGUGACUUCUUGCUCACGAAGCUCAUGGACAUCUUCCCACUCCCUGAACUGAUAAACUUCCUGGAAGCCAAUGAGGUUCCCCGCCCCGUGACCAUUCGCACCAACACACUCAAGACACGGCGACGGGACCUGGCACAGGCUCUGAUCAACCGUGGGGUGAAUCUUGACCCCUUGGGGAAGUGGUCGAAAACGGGACUUGUUAUUUAUGACUCCUCCGUGCCCAUCGGUGCCACCCCUGAGUAUCUGGCUGGGCACUACAUGCUGCAAGGAGCCUCCAGUCUCCUCCCUGUCAUGGCUCUGGCUCCACAGGAGAACGAACGCAUCCUGGAUAUGUGCUGUGCCCCAGGAGGCAAGACCAGCUACAUAGCUCAGCUUAUGAAGAACACGGGUAUGAUCUUGGCCAACGACAGCAACGCCGAGCGGUUACGUAGCGUGGUAGGGAACUUGCAUCGUCUGGGAGUCACCAAUGCUGUAGUGAGCAACUGCGAUGGACGACAGUUCCCCAAGGUGCUUGGAGGGUUCGACCGUGUCUUGCUUGAUGCUCCUUGUAGUGGAACAGGCGUCAUUUCCAAGGAUCCCGCUGUCAAAACCAACAAGGAUGAGAAAGACAUCCUGCGCUGUGCUCACCUGCAGAAGGAAUUGCUUCUUAGCGCUAUAGAUUCAGUCAAUGCUGCCUCAGAGACAGGGGGCUACAUUGUCUACUGCACUUGCUCCAUCAUGGUGGAGGAGAAUGAGUGGGUUGUGGAUUACGCCCUGAAGAAACGCAACGUUCGUUUGGUGGCCACAGGCUUGGACUUUGGCAAGGAAGGCUUCACCAGGUUCAAAGACCGUCGCUUCCACCCCUCCCUCAAGACUGCGCGGCGUUUCUAUCCCCACACGCACAAUAUGGAUGGGUUCUUCAUUGCCAAGUUCAAGAAAUUCUCCAAUGCCAUUCCCCAGCCCCAGAAAGAUGAAGAACCCGCUGUGGAUGCAGCAACUCCGUCCACUGUCCCUGGGACCGUCAUGGAGCCUCCACCAAAAAAGAAGAAACUGGAGGGAUCCAAAGUUGUCAAAGAGCAGAAGCCACCACAGCCCGCUUUGAAGAAGAAACAUUCCCUGCAGGCACAGAGGAGACCCUUGAAGACUGGCCGGCCUUCUCCCAAAGUGAUGCGUUCUCAAGCCCCUCCCAGGAAGAAGCAUAAAGUGAAAACGAAUGGACAGUGAGAGGAACUGCUUUUCCAGGUGUUGGUCCCCUCCUCGGAGAGCAGAGGCUGGGGGCUGCCUCAGCAGUGCGUGUGCCACCGUGUCCUUCCUGCUCCGUGCAGAUAAUUUCUGCAGCACUGAGCGCCUGGGACAGCUGUAGCCCCUUUUGCUCCUUUCCCUCUCCAUCAAGGACUGAUGCGCUGGCCCAUUAAAAGUUUUAUACUCCUGCUCAA